UUAAACAUGUCUAGUGUACCUUUAACCUCUUUGCAAGAAUUUGAAGAAUUUAUUAGUGUUUUCCCAAAGCUAAAGCAAGAUAUUAUUGACACCUUGCCUGGAAAAAAAAUAAACCAAGAAAUUAUUGAUUGGAUUGGUUUAUCCAUUGACGUGAACCCCAUUGGUGGAAAGUAUAUGAGAGGCCUUUCAGUUUUGAAUACUAUUAAAGAUUUUAAAGGAGUUGAACAACUUGAUGAAGAAACCAUUUUCUUAGGAAGGGUUGCUGGGUGGUGUAUUGAAUUUCUUCAAGCUUCUCUACUUAUUGCUGAUGAUAUAAUGGAUGGUGGUAUAAUGCGUAGGGAUCGUCCAUGUUGGCAUCAUUAUCCAAACCCACUUAUCAAAAAUUUGAAUGGAGUGGAACAACCUAUUGGUAAAAUUGCUGUAAAUGAUGCUUUUAUAAUGGAAUCCUGUAUUUACAUUCUUUUAAAAAAAUACUUUAGAGAAAAGCCAUACUACACCGAAAUGCUUGAAUUAUUCCAUGAAAUUAGUCAUAAUACAUUCUUGGGUCAGCUAAUUGACACUAGUGCAUGCCACUCUUUAAAAGGUGAUUUUUCUUCAUUUAAUUUAAAAAACUUUUUCCACACUGUUAGAUUUAAAACUGCAUAUUAUUCUUUAUAUAUUCCGGUUGCAUUGGGUAUGUUAAUGUGUGGUAUAAACUAUUUAGAUCCACAGUAUGAUGCUAUGAAAGAGCUUUUAUUAGAAAUUGGUGAAUAUAUGAAUGCCCAAGAUGAUUACCUUGAUUGCUAUGAGUUACCUGAAAAUAUGGGUAAAGUGGGAACCGAUAUUGAAGAAAACAAACGUUCUUUUUUAAUUUGCCAGGCUUUGAACUAUGCUACACCUGAACAAAUUGAAGAGCUAAAGAAAAACUAUGGUAUAGAUAACCCUGAAAAUGUUAAAGUUGUCAAAAAAAUUUAUAAUGAUCUUGGUAUGAAAGAAAUUUAUAGAAAAUAUGAAGACUCACAAUAUAUUGAUUUCAUAAAAAGAAUUGAAAAUAUGGAUGAUAAAGUUCCAAAAAUUGUUUUUAUAAGAUUAGUUAAUAGAUGUUAUAAAAGAAAUAGAUAG